AUGAACACUUACGACUCGGUGCGCGGGCUUUCGUUGGCGGCGCCGUCAACGGCCCCGCGCCCGAGCAGCACUCCUUUCUCGGCCCCCUAUAUCGAGGAACUGCUCACGCCUCGGCUGCUCUCGAGCCCGAUUCCUGACGUUUCGCAACUUGUGGGCUGUCUCUUAUGCGAUGCUGUACGCAUACAUCACGAGCAGCAACAGCAGCAGCACCGGCACCGACAGCGGCGAUACAGCGGCGACAGCACCCUUACGUACGCCAGCUCCGGGAGCAGCGGUAGCACCAACUACACGCAGCCGGUCGACGCUCUCGAGACAGCGGGAGCGGAGUCGCUGCCGUUUCCGCGGGAGCGCUGCGUUGACGUGCUGCAGUGCAUCUGCAUGUGCUUUGCCAGGCUUCAGUCUUCUCCUGUGAACGCUUCACCGUCAUCAGUGGCGCAUCAGCGCCAGUCGCUGCAGCGACUGGCGUAUCUGAUUGAGCGUGCUGCCGCGGCGCACAUCUUUCGCCACCUCCUGCCUCACUGCAGCCUGACGUCGGAAGAGACGCAGCAGGCGCUGCUGUGGGUAUUCCAGGCUGUCCGUUGCGCCUCCUCUGCGGCGGCCGGCGAGCUGGGGAGCGGUACCCGCGGCGGCAGCAGCGGCACUCCGACGAGCACUGCCACCUGCGGCGAGAUGGCGCAGGUGCUUCGCGAUAUCCUUUGCUGCACGAGCGUCGUGACACCGGCGCAGCUGGUGCCACUCCUGGAGGAGCUGAUCGCAGCAUCACCCACGCUAAGGCUAAUGUCUCUGUCUGCGUCAUCGUCGUCUUCCCUCUCUGCUUGUGCUCCAAACGCGCGGCAGAGUCGGCACCUGCCAGCGCACUGCGGCAGCGGUGGCGUUCUCAUCACGAGCCGCCUGCUGCUGGAGCAGACGGAUAUGCUGCAACCGGCCAUCGCGACGUGGGCCAUGGGGGAGUUCGAAGAGGGGCUUGCCGAGAUGCUUGCAUCCAACGCGCUUCAGUCGGAGGACGAAGACCUAGAGGGCGAGGAAAGGUGCCGCGGCAGCGACACGGACGAGGACGAGCCGCACCAGCAGCGGCAGCAGCAGCCACGGGUGAGGACAGCAAAGGCGCCGCAGGAGGCGCCACUGACUCACAAGCGACGAGGCCUGCAGAUCAUGGCACACGUGCUCGAGGUGCUCGUAGCGCUGAUAGAACUGCACGUCGACUUAGCAGAGCAGCUGCUUCCCGCUCUCGCGCUGCAUCUUGAGCAUACCUGCCCUGAGGUGCGCCUGCUGCUGCUGCGCGGCCUCAGCGCGGCCUUCGCUGCGAAUGAGGCGGCGGUGCGGUCCUACAGAGCCACGUUCACGGGUCCUUUGCUGCAUCGUUUUCUCGAUGUCAAGCCCAACAUUCGUAUGGACGCUGUCCGCCUGUCCUCAAUGCUGCUCCAGCGCUUCGGCGACUACGCGAGGCCCGGGGCCGGCCGUGAUGACCGUCACGCGAUCGACGUAUCCGCCGAUCCGUCUCGUACGCAGUCGCUGCAGCAGGACCUCUGGAAGGCGUUCCAGCCGUUCUGGGAGCGGCUGCUCACCGACCCGCAUGUCCUUGUGCGCAGGCAGACCGUCGCCUCAGUGACCGAGGCGGCGCUGGCGUGUCCGCUGCUGCUACAGCCAACACCCCAUCGAGAAGGCAUCGACAACAGGGAUCUUCGCGGAGGACAGCAGGCAACAACCUCUCCCACGCGCAGCCCCUCCAACUUCCUCGCGCAGACGCUGGGCCUGCGCGCGCUUGAUAAAAACCGCCGCGUCCGCUGCGCCGCGGUGGACGGGCUGACGCGGCUGUACAGCGAAUACCGCCUCGUAUGGAUACCGAACGCGGUCCUGGAUGCAGUGCGCAUCGACGCCGGAUCAUCGUCCUCGACAGCGCCAGCGGGGUUGACAGCAGAGACGGUGGUCGAGGGUCUCUUGCCGGCCCCGCUCUCCUGCCUGUCGCCCACCUCAGUCACGUGCGCCGCUGCGGCUACUCAGGCCACCCUGGCGCGGUGGUUGUCGCCGACGUCUCCAGCCCCGCUUCCGCUCACCAAAACGUCUGCCCUGCUCGAUUUUGAAAGAAACGCCGUUGAGAAGCAGCAGCUGUCUCAGCAGCACCCGCCAGGCGGGGACGAGUUCGACGAGGGCGAUGCGUUGCUCGGCUUCGGUGCGGCGGCCAGCUCGACAAAGGCUGUCGCUGGUGGUGGUGUGCUGAACACAAGGAGCAUCCCCAGCACUGCAUCGGCGGCGGUGUCGGCCUACGUGGAUGCCCUCGUGCAGCUCUGCCAGCACGUCGACUCUGCCCACUUUGCGCAGCUCCUGCGCCUUUCCGAGAAGAAGCCGCAACUGCGCCUUGCCAUCCGGCGUCUGUUCGAGUUUCACGCCGCGGUGAAGGAAAGCAACGGUGACGUCAAGUCCGCGGAGGGUCAGCAGCGCAUCCGCUCGAUCCAUCGACUCCUCACCUUCCUCCAGGAGACGACAGGGGCGAACAAGGGCGAGUGGGAUGCACUCUUUCGCGCCAAGGACGAGACGGUGCGGCGUGCGCUGCUGCGCGCAUGCGACGCGGCUCACACGGACUGGGUGGAGGUGCGUGAGGGGCUUCUGCGCUCGCUGCACGGUCGUGUCGGCGCCGAUGAGUUCGCCUUUGUCAAGCAGACACUGAUGCCGCAGAUGGUCUUUGCCGUGAAACCCGAUCACCUUGCAGGACUGAUGCAGCGGCUGCACCGCAGCAUCUACACCAGCGCCCGCGACGAAGUCGUAGUGGAUGGGGCCGGCGCCGCCAGCGCUUUGCGAGCGCUGCUGCUUUUCACCGGCGCAUCGCCGUCGUUCGCGGCGUUGAGCACCGAAGGACUCGUAGAGGCCCUGCAAGCCGCCGCGAAGCAAUCUGUAGGCCCUCCGCCGAACUGGUGCGGGCUGCUGUUGCAAGCGCUGCAGCAAUGGGCUACCGCCACCGCCACUAUGGCGGACAGAAACACCACUGCCACCGCCGGUGCGACUUCUGCUCUGCACGACUCACUGAUCGACACCCUUCGCGCGAUGGCGCUCGCGUCACUACCCAUGCAGCAGACCAUCCCAUCCUCUCUCGCCUCUAGAGCUUUGGCAGCAGACAACGACGGGUGCCGUAGUGAAAUGGCCCUCUCAGCAGUGAAGCAGCUGGCAAAGCAAGCGACGCGCACACUAGUGGCGCUGCUGAGCGUCCCUGGCUAUAGCACCAGAGCAGCGGCUGCGCUACACUCCCUCGCGUCGGAGUUGGCGAAGCGCCUCGCUAGCGGGCGAGCGCUAAUAAACGACGUCAAGACGGUCGCUUGGCUUGCGAGCGUCCAGGCCCUUGCGCGCUGCGGCGGUGGCAGUGGCAGCGACGACCGCACUUCGCGUGCAGUAGGUGCGGCGCUGCUGCUGCUCUCUACAGUGUCCUCUACAGCGGCGGCCACCACGGAAACGGAUGCAGGACCGCUUCCGGCGCUCCUGCUGUCCCUCUCCUCCCUGCUUGUCACCGCUGUGGAGGAUGUAUGCGGCAAGGCGGGACAGUCAAGGCUCAAGGCUCUUGCGACCGCGGCACCAACAAUGCCGGCCUGCGGUGCCCUCUCCUCCUCGCCUGUGAGCACCAAUAUGUCAGUCACUGCAGCCAUCGUGGAUGGGUCGGCCAAGGCCAUGGUGGCCCUGGCGCUGACCUGCCCCAAGUCCUCGGACGCUGGUGGCCGCAGCACUGGUGUCGCCAGCCGCGCGAACUCUGUGAUAUGCGCAGUAGAUGCGCUCCUGAAAGGUUACAAAGCUUCCGUGGCGGUGGCGCUGGGGCGGCGUGCGCCAGCCAGCGUCGGCAGCUGCCAGUGCCGAAUCGCACUUGAGAAGCAGCUCGUGAAGCUGUUGCUGACGCCGACAACGGACAUCAGCAGGGAGCUGGCUGUCUCUGUGGUUCUCUCAGUGGAGGAAAGCGCGCAUGUGCGUCACGCUGUGCAGGCGAAGCUCGCAGGUCAUCUUCUGCACCGCACCUGCGACAUGCGGGUGGCUGCCUUGUUGCUGUUGACUGCGAUCAGCGAGGACUCGAAGAGCUCCUAUCACCGACUCCGUGGGCUGGUGGAGACUGUGGGGGAUCACUUGCGGGCAAAACAGGUGAGCCAAGGCGCCUCACUCUCAUCGCCAUCGGCGCUCUACUGCUACUGGGAGUACACCAUCCCAUUUCUGGUCCUCUUCCUCGCUCACCACCCGUACUACGCGAGCGAGGAGGCGGAGAAUCAGUUCGUUGGGUUCCAGCGCGUGUGGCACCUCCUCAUUGGCGAGCUUCUCCGCCACGGCACGCAGUGCGCUGGGUUUGUGGUAGAGCUGCUCAGCAAGAUCAAGCAGUCAGAUGACGCCCUGGCCCCGGAGAGUGAUGCGUGCCGCGUCAUGUGUGACCUUGCGAGUCGAGUGCUGCUGGAGUGCCUCGGCCAGCGGCAGAGCCGGGCCGAGGACCUUCGCCGCUACCCGGGUGCCGUGCUCUUGCCCUCCUUCUUUGUGUGCACGUCGCGCGCCAACCCGCAAAAGCUGCUGGAGACCGUCUUCCUCGACCACGGUGUGCGUGUAGCCGCCAAUGCCCCGUUUCGGAUGACCACCGUCUGCGGGGGCGCCGCGGGGGCGGGCAGUGGCAGCCGCGGCAGCAGCCGCCAGGCCACUCCGCGCGCCUCGUCGACCGCCCGCUCUGGCGGCGCGGACGGUGUCACAGACAUCAAUUACGUCCCCAGCUCCGCAGCACCAUAUGGAGUGACGACUGCUGCUGCUGUUGCUGUGCCGCCGUCUCCGCUGAGGAAGCGCGCACGCUCCCCGUCAGCUGACGUGAGCGCUGCUGUAUCUCUCUCGCCGUCUUUGAGGCCGCAAUGCGAGGAUGAAGUAGUUGGGGGGGACGAGGGCAGCACGCCGCAGCGCGAGGGCACCGAACCAACCGUGGGGGAGAGCGCUAGCAACUCUAACCCGCUGAGCGGCUCCGCGAUUGCCUCGCAGGAGUGGAAUGCAAAGCGGGCGGCACUGCAGCGUGCCACUAUAGAGGAAGCGCUCGAUGACCUCUUCCGUGGACUCACCAAGACGGCCAUCGCGCAGCUGCGCUGGAAGGUCGUCCGCAGCCGCAUCGAGGAAGCUCUCCGUGCGCUGGACUGCAGUCGGCUCCCGCAGCAACCGCAGCCGCACAUUACCAAUGAAGGCGCUGGCACCGAUCUGAUGGUGGCGAAGGGUGCCUCGUUGCUGGAGUGCGACAUGGAGAACCUGCUGCAGUACGCCAAAGAUCAGCUACGGGUGCGGUAUGAUCGUGCCCCGGCGUAG